AUGGCAGAUAAAGCAUGCAAAACGGAAACAGAAGAUUUAAUUGCAGAGGUUAGUGUGCAACCAGUAUCAUCUACACACUGUGACCAUGAAUAUUCCACAUUGAAGUCGUUCACAGACGUGGAACUUCUUAGCGAACAGUUAAAAGCGUGUCAGGCAAAGUGUGAUUAUUUGGAAAAGACAAUUGAUGAAUUAAAUGCAACCAUCAGUGAAUUUGAAGCCAAUAGGUUUUCCUUAGAAAAAAUAAGUGAUGACAAGCAUGCAGUGAUGUUCUACACAGGCUUUCCAAACAUUGAAACAUUUAAUGCUUUUUUUAAAUAUUUAGAGACAAAAAGUGAGAAACUUAAUUAUUGGAGAGGGCGCAGUGAGUCAGGGGAAGAUGCUCCAAAACACCAAACACACAGUACAAGCAGACCUGGGAAAAAACGGGCAUUAUCAACAAAAGAAGAAUUGUUUAUGGUGCUUGUAAGGUUAAAGGUUGGGUUGUUUGUAAGGGACAUUUCUGAACGUUUUGGCAUUUCUCAAGGACAUUUUUCAAAAAUCUUCACGACUUGGAUUAUUUUCUUGUCUCAUGAACUUCCGGACUUAUUUCCAUUUCUUUCCCAGAAGUCUGUCAGAAAAAAUAUGCCGUUAGAAUUCAACCAGUACCCAACAACACGAAUCAUCAUUGAUUGUACAGGAAUCUUUAUUGAAGUUUCAAGCGUAAUGGCAACCCAAAGUCAAACAUGGUCGAACUACAAGCACCAUAACACUUUGAAAGUGUUAGUGGGAGUAAGUCCAAAUGGUACCUUAACUUUUAUAUCCGGUUUGUGGGGUGGAAAAAUCUCAGACAAGGCAAUUACCCCAAAAUCAGGUCUUCUUGAUCUUUUUGAAAAGGGAGACAACAUCAUGGCUGAUAGAGGGUUCGACAUUAAGGACAUCCUUCCGGAAGGAGUUGGCCUCAACAUUCCGCCAUUUCUAAAUUGA